UGAAUUUUUUAAAUGGAUAUAGAAUUUAAUGUCACAUAUAUAACUUUUGGUGGGCAUGUGGAAUUGCAGAAAUAUAAAUAUGUUUAUUUUAUGAUAGUAUUUAUAACAUACAUUCUUAUAAUCUGUAGUAAUUCCACCAUCAUUUGUCUGAUCUGGAUUCACCGAAACCUCCAUGAACCUAUGUACAUUUUUAUUGCAGCUUUGUUGUUGAAUUCUAUCCUUUUCAGCACUGUGGUCUACCCAAAACUAUUGAUUGACUUUUUAUCUGAAAAGCAGGUCAUAUCUUAUUCAGCCUGUCUGUUUCAGUUCCUCAUGUUCUACGUUUUAGCAGGUUCUGAAUACUUACUGUUGUCAGCCAUGGCCUAUGACAGAUAUGUGUCUAUAUGUAAACCUCUGCAAUAUCCAACUAUCAUGAGAAAAACUACUGUAACAGUCCUACUGGUUUUAGCUUGGUUUGUUCCUCUUUGUGAGCUUUGUGUUUCAGUGAUACUGAUUGAUAGGCAGAAGUUCUGUAAAUUCACUUUGCAGUCCAUUUUUUGUAGCAACUCAGUUCACAAACUUUACUGUGUAGCUUCACGUACAUUAACACUGUAUGGCAUUGCUGUUUUAAUAAAUCUUGCAUUUUUCCCUGUGAUAUUCAUACUUUUUACAUACGCCAAAAUAUUUAUAAUAACAUAUCGUAGCUCUAAAGAAGUCAGAAAAAAAGCUGCACAGACCUGUUUACCCCAUCUGCUGGUUUUAAUUAACUUUUCAUUCCUGAUUACAUAUAAUAUUGUAGUAGUUCGACUGGAAUCUGAUAUUCCAAAAACUGCAUAUUUGAUUAUGACUUUACAGCUUGUUUUAUAUCAUCCUCUUGUCAAUCCAGUCAUAUAUGGACUAAAAAUGAAAGAAAUUUACACACAUUUGAAGAAUUUGUUCUGUUCACAUAAAGUAAAUUAA